UAUUUGCACCAAUUUGUUUUACAUGUGUAGAAUUAUAGAUUACCGCCUUUAAACUGGAUAUUUGGCUUCUUCCUGUGGGCCAGCAUAAACUCCAAUAAUACCGCGUGGCACUUGGAGACACACACAAAAAAAAAAAAAAAAAACCCCAGGUUGGAUCGAGGAGGGGCCUGUGGGUCGGAUUUCCAGAGGAGUGAGACCUCCGACCCGCUGACGAACAUCCUCUCCGCGCUCAGGCUGCGCGCGUUCGCUGCUCCGCAAACACAACGGGCAGCGCGCGACCACCGGCAGUGGCCCAUCCACAUGAUGUAGAAAUCAGGCGCCGAGCUAAAGGGGGAGGGAAGUCCGAGUUAUGCCUCGCUACUAUCUCAGCAUCCUUCCCAGCAGCAGUAGGAAAAAAAAAAAAGGAAAAAAAAAAAAGGAGAAGCCAAACAAGCAAAAGUUUUUCCUCCGACUCGCGGAAAAGAGGAGUCGACAUGGAUGAAAACGAGCAGUUUGUGUGACUGAACGUAAAAAAAAGGACUGACGAAAACAAACUCCACACGGUAAAAAGAAUGAUAACAUAGCUAGCACUUUGUUCGCUUCCUUUUUUUUUUUUUUUUUUUUUUUUUUUAACCCCUUUUUUUUUUUUUGUAUGAGAGAAUCACGAAAACAAACUGUGGGGAAGUUUUAAGGCAAGAGAGAGAGAGAGAGAGAGAGAGAGAGACGGGCCAUGGCGCGGGAGGGCGAAGACGCCGGGAUGGCCAAAGCUUCAAAAGUCAAAAGGCAGAGAAAGAAGAAGAAAACCAAGGAGAACAAAACCAGGAUUGUCCACGCAAACAUACUGUAUGACUACGCCAAAGGGGAGGAAAACCCAAACCGACACUAUGCAAACAACAAGAUUAAGACGACCAAGUACACUCUGCUGUCUUUCCUGCCAAAGAAUCUUUUUGAGCAGUUUCAUAGAUUUGCCAAUGUUUACUUUGUUUUCAUCGCUUUGCUGAAUUUUGUCCCAGUUGUCAACGCUUUUCAACCGGAACUGGCUCUGGCCCCUGUAGUUUUUAUUCUGUCUGUCACUGCCAUCAAAGACCUAUGGGAGGACUACAGGAGGCACAGGUCGGAUAAAGAAAUCAAUCACAUGGACUGUCUGGUCUACAGCAGAGCGGAGAGACGCUAUGUGGAGAAGUACUGGAAGGAGGUGCGAGUGGGAGACUUCAUCAGGCUGCGAUGCAACGAGAUUCUCCCCGCCGACGUCCUGCUGCUGAGCUCCAGUGACCCGGACCGCCUGUGCCACAUCGAGACCGCCACACUGGACGGAGAGACCAACCUCAAGCAGAGGCAGGUCGUCCGCAGCUUCUUUGACCUGGAUUGUGAGUUCGACCCCUUGAAGUACAACAGCGUAAUUGAAUGUGAAAAGCCCAACAACGACCUGAACAGAUUCCGAGGCUACAUAAUCCAUCGAAGCGGCAGAAGAGAUGCACUUUACAAAGAGAACCUGCUGCUGCGAGGCUGCACCAUCCGCAACACGGAGGAGGCUGUGGGAAUAGUCAUUUACGCAGGUCACGAGACCAAAGCCAUGUUGAACAACAACGGCCCGCGCUACAAGCGCAGUAAACUGGAGAGACAGAUGAAUGUAGACGUGUUCUGGUGUGUCAUCAUCCUGCUGGUCAUGUGCCUGUUUGCUGCUGUGGGUCAUGGGCUGUGGAUGUUUCAGUACAGAGAUAAGAGGCCUGUGUUUGACGUUCUCAGUCCAGAGGGGACGGACUUAUCCCCCAUCAUGUCGGCCAUUUAUCUCUUCCUCACCAUGAUCAUCGUGUUUCAGGUGCUGAUACCCAUCUCCCUCUUUGUGGCGAUUGAGAUUGUCAAGAUCUGCCAAGUGUAUUUCAUCCAUCAGGACCUGGAUCUGUACGACGAGGAGACGGACACUCACCUGCAGUGCAGAGCUCUUAAUAUCACUGAGGAUCUCGGCCAGAUGCAAUACAUCUUCUCUGACAAGACGGGCACGCUGACGGAGAACAAGAUGGUGUUUCGCCGCUGCACUGUGGCAGGGGUGGAGUACUCCCACGAUGCCAAUGCUAGAAGACUUGCUAUGUACCAGGAGAUGGAUUCAGAGGAAGAGGAGUGUACAUCUCACGGUGGCACCCUGCCCAGGCGGGACAGCGUGUCCAGCCACCAGAGCGCCCCGGUGGUGCUGCGCUCCCAGAGCACCAAGUCCCAUCGCAGGACGGGAAGCAGGGCGGAGGCCAAGCGUGCCAGCAUCCUGUCCAAGCACACGGCCUUCAGCAGCCCCAUGGAGAAAGAUAUCACCCCCGACCCUCAGCUCCUGGACAAGGUCAAUGAAUGCAGCAGUCAGAUGGACUUCAUGCGCUUCCACAGCCAGCCCAUGUCCCAGCUGCCCUCUGACCUCUCCGACAUCAUCGAUUUCUUCAUCGCUCUCACCAUCUGCAACACGGUGGUGGUGUCCUCCCCCAACCAGCCCAGACAGAAGGUCCGGAUGAGGUUUGAGCUGAAGUCCCCGGUGAAGACCAUCGAGGACUUCAUCAAACGCUUCACCCCGAGCCGACUGACCUCAGGCUCCAACAGCAGCAGCUCCUCCAGCCUCAUCACGAACCGCUCCUCCAACAGAGGGUGCUCCAGCAUGCUGUCCUCCCCCUCUGCAGAGAGCACGCUCACCAAGCUGGACGAGGAGCAGCCUCCCAGAGGCCUGGACCACACCUUCAGCCCCGUCCUGCCCUGCUACGACGGGAAGGCGCGGGGCCCGGAGGAGAGCGAGCUGCGCUAUGAGGCGGAGUCGCCCGACGAGGCUGCGCUCGUCUACGCCGCCAGGGCCUACAAAUGCUCCCUCGUCGGACGCCUCCCUGACCAGGUGACUGUGGAACUGCCGCACCUGGGGAAGCUGAGCUUUGAGCUGCUGCACACGCUGGGCUUCGACUCCACCAGGAAACGCAUGUCCGUGGUGGUCAGACAUCCGCUGACGGAUCAGAUCACUGUGUACACUAAAGGUGCGGACUCUGUCAUCAUGGACCUCAUCACACCUCCCAACACAGGUAACUCCAAAGGGAAACGCCAGAAAAAGAUCAUCUACAGGACCCAGAACUAUCUGAACCUGUACGCUGCAGAUGGCCUUCGCACGCUGUGCAUUGCAAAAAAGACCCUGAGCAAGGAUGAGUAUGCCUGCUGGCUGCAGCGUCACCUGGAGGCUGAAACGGCCAUUCAGGGAAGAGAGGAGCUGCUCUUCGAGUCGGCCCUGCGACUGGAAACAAACCUCCAGCUUUUAGGAGCGACGGGCAUUGAGGACCGUCUGCAGGACGGCGUGCCUGAAACUAUAGCGUCUCUGAGGAAGGCCGGCCUGCAGAUAUGGGUGCUGACGGGUGACAAACAAGAAACGGCCGUGAAUAUAGCGUAUGCCUGCAAGCUGCUGGACCCCGAGGAGGAGAUCUUGACACUGAAUGCUGAUUCUCAGGAGGCAUGUGCGUUGUUGCUGGAGGAGAGUUUACACUACAUCCAGGCCAAAUUCCUCUGCAGCUCUACAGACCAAACCACCAAGGCCUUCCACGCUAACUUUCCACCCUUUGAGAUCUAUCCCUCUUCAUCUCCGUCCUCCUCCUCAUCCUCCCACACCGUUCCCUUCAUGGUGCACCGGCUGGGCCUGGUAAUUGAUGGGAGGACCUUGGCUUAUGCCCUGGAUAAGAGUUUGGAGGAUAAGUUUCUGGCUGUAGCGCGGAGCUGUCGCUCAGUGCUCUGCUGCCGCUCCACGCCGCUGCAGAAGAGCAUGGUGGUCAAACUGGUGCGGAACAAGCUGAAGGUCAUGACUCUGGCCAUAGGUGAUGGCGCCAAUGACGUCAGCAUGAUCCAGGUAGCGGACGUGGGCGUGGGGAUCUCGGGACAGGAGGGCAUGCAGGCAGUGAUGGCGAGCGACUUCGCUCUCCCACGUUUCCGGUAUCUCCAGAAGCUUCUGCUGGUCCACGGACACUGGUGCUACUCCAGACUGGCUAACAUGAUCCUCUAUUUCUUCUACAAAAACGCUAUGUUUGUAGCGCUCAUCUUCUGGUAUCAGUUCUACUGUGGGUUCUCAGGUUCAGCCAUGAUUGACCAGUGGUAUCUCAUCUUCUUCAACAUGAUGUUCUCUGCCUUCCCACAACUCAUCACUGGCACUCUGGACAAAGACGUGUCAGCGGAGACUCUCCAGCAACUACCUCAGCUCUACAUGACCGGCCAGAACUCCGAGGAAUAUAAGCCAUAUAUGUUCUGGAUGAACAUGAUCGAUGCCUUCUACCAGAGUCUGGUCUGCUUCUUCAUUCCUUACUUCGCCUACGCUGACUCUGAUGUGGAUCUGUUUACAUGGGGAACUCCCAUCACCACCCUCGCUUUAUUCACCAUUCUGCUGCACUUGGGCAUUGAGACCAAAACCUGGACCUGGAUGAACUGGCUGUCUAUCUCCUUCAGUAUAGCCUUGUUCUUCACCGUGGCUCUGUGCUACAACACCUCCUGUCCCACCUGCUACCCCCCCUCUAACCCCUACUGGACCAUGCAGAGGCUGCUGCAGGACCCCCUCUUCUACCUGCUCUGUGUCAUCACACCUGUAGCGGCGCUGCUGCCUCGAUAUUUCUACAGGGCGUGUCAAGGCACGCUGUUUCCCAGCCCGGUCCAAGUUGGAAGUCAGUUGGAUAAACUCCCCGCUGAAACCCGCAAGAACAUCCUCAGCCUGAGCAGGGUCAAGGUGGGGUCACCGCUCAGCCCCAAGCCUCCCUUCCUGUCCCUCAACAAGCCCUCCCCUAAAGGUUGCAAUAAAAAAGACCAGAGGAGCUUCCCCAGCUCCACGGCAUCACAUGCCAAGAAGGGGCCCAUCUCACAGGCAGAUGAAGAGACGGGUCGGAGGAGCCCGCUGGGGCCCACAGACAGUGAGAAGGGCCUUUCAGGUCUCUACACAAUAGUUCCUACAGAAAUAGACACUCUUCCUUACACCAAAGACGCUCCUCCGCUCUCCGAGGAGAAGCUGCCUCCUUCCACCAAAGACUCCGAGUUUCUCGAUAAGACUUCAGAGCCGUCGGAUCAGAGUCUGUCCAGCUGGAUCACCUCCACGCCUCUGCUCACACAGACAGACAGCGUCCAGCUGACUCUGCCCCCUGACGGAGACUCGCAGUGCGUCAAAUACAUGAGGAACUCAGAGGAAAGACUCAAGUCUGACCACGCCGUUCAUCCAGCACACAGGACAGAGCCGGUGGCAGACCAGUUGCUGCACACCACCUUGUGAUGUCUUCUGGUCUGAAGUAUCUUAACUCAAACUCCAAUUUGCACGAUAGUUUUUUUGAAAUCUAAUUUUAUUGUAUUUUUCAAGGAGAUUCUUUUAUAAAAGACAGAAAUAGGUACUUUAUAUUUUGGAUGUUUAAAACUAAAGAUAUAUCUGAGGUUUGGAAGAACUGGAAUAUCUCCUGUUCUUGUUUUUUCUUUUUCUUCUUUUUCUGUUCUUUGGUUUUUUUUUCCUUCACCCUGGGGAAAUUUUACUUCACAAAGAUGCAUCUCAGUACUUGAUCAGGUUUUUAAUGUAAAGAGGAGCGAAGAGACUUUCCACUGCGGGGUUGUUUGGGAGUUUGUUGUCUCUCUGAUGUGGUACCCUGUUCAUUCUUUCAGCUUGGCCUGUAAAUGCAUUAAGACCUGGGUCAGUUGCCAGUGUGGCCUUAAAUCAGUGUUGGUAUAACUGAGGAGAGAAGUUUUAUAGGUUUUAAGUCCCGACAGAAACACGUUUGAUUUUGUGUGUGACGAUUUCCAUGCAAAUAAGAGAUUUAUUUUUACAUACUUCAGCAAAUAGUGGCAUUUGUUCAGUGCAUAUUUGUCUUGUUGCUGGAUUUUUUGCUAAAUUUUAAAUGCUGAAAAGUGUGUUUAUAACUGUUGUGUCGUACAGUACAUUCCACUGAAAAAUUGAGAGCUGUAGGUUUUUGAAUAUAAUCAUUUUAGGAGCACACAACAAGAAAUUUUCAAUUCAGUCUGUAUACAGCAAAACGCUACCAGAAAUUAUGCUCUUUUUGUGUGUGUGUGUGUGUGUGUGUGUGUGUGUGUGUGUGUGUGUGUGUGUGUCCAUUGACUCUUUGGAUCCGUUUUUACAGUGCCAGCCAGUUUCAUUUUAAAAGAAUAGUUUGACAAUUCGGGAAAAUGAAGAUCGAUACCACUCUCAUCUCUGUCCAUUAGCCAGGCUAGCUGUUUCCCCUGCUUCCAAUCUGCAUGCUAAGCUAAGCUAACCGUCGUCUGGCUUUAGCAGCUUCAUUUUAAACAUACAAACACGAAAAUGGUAUCAAUCCACGAAGCUGUAUCCAGUUGGCGAUUAGCUUAGCUUAGCAUAAAGACUGGAAACAGGGGGAAACUGUUAGCCUGGAUAGCAGCUAGCUCUGUUCAAAACUAUCAAAAUCUGCCCACCAGCACCGCUAAAGCUCACUAAUUAAUCUCUAAUAAACUGGAGUCUUUCUGUCAUUGUGAGGUUGCCAGGCAACCAGUAAAAACAUCUUUUAUACAGAUUAUUCAAAUGAGAUACAACUUGUUAAUUACAGACUUCUUGUUUCCAGUCUUUAUGCUAAGCUAAGCUAACUUGCAUACAGGCAACAGAGUGGUAUCUUCUCCUCUAAUUCAGUAAGAAAGCAAAUAAACUUAUUUCCCAAAUGUGAAGCUAUUCCUUUAAGCACUGUACAGUAGGUUGACAACAAGCUACCGUCACGUUUCAUAAAGCCGUUUACUUGAAGGUCCUUUUCUUUUCUUUUUUUAAGUAUGUUUCAUGUGUUGAGUUUAUUUUAACCCAGUGUAACCUUUUUAUUUCUUCUGCUGGUGUUCAGCUGAAAACCAAAAGCUGAACGGUGAAAGAAGGUCUUUCCCAAAUGCAAAAGAUGUGGCUUUAAGAUUUAAAUUUGCACUUUGAAAGCAUUAUUUCAGAAGUACCAACGAGUUUUGUUGGUGCUGUUGACAUGUCCAGUGCUCAGAUACAGUAUGAAAAGGAUGGCAAGGUUUGCUUACUUUACACUCUGGCUUUAAAUAUCAUGAUGUAUUUGUCGUCACUGACAAACUAGAAAAACGUAUGGAAAAUUUUAAAGAUGCUAUAGUUUGUUUAAUUGUUUAGCAUUUAAAGCAGCAGCACCUUUAAUAUGUUAUGAUUGUUGUAUCUCAUUGCAGUAUCAUUUACCAAAGAUCAUUUAUAUUUCUGUAUUUUCUAAGCAAUAGUAUGUGCAUUAACACUGGAUAAGAAAUUACAAAUCUAAGACUUUGCUUAUGAUGCUGAAGUUUAGAGAUGACAGUGCAUCUUUGUUCAAUGAGGAGCAUUUAGUGUUUGUGUAAAUGAUAUUUAUGAAGCUACAUGUGGCUUCUCUCCUCCUGUCUGUUUUUUUUUUUUUACUUUUUUGCACACGGUGCUUUCUCCUGGCAUGUCAUUCAGAUUCCUGACUCCGCAGUCUGUCCACUUUGUUGUAUAGGUUCUGUCUGUUCUGUGCUUUUGGCAUCGCACUUGUUGACGCAUUUGUGCCAGAAGGAAGCUCGAGCAUGUUCACUGCUGCGUAUCACAGAUUCCUCACAGGAACAUUGGCUCUCGGCGCACACGGCCUUGGAUAUAUCUGAACUCUUUUUUUUCUUUCUUUACAUUUAUGUUUCGAUUACAUGGUGGGUCUAAGUUUCACAUUUGAGGGGGGAAAUUAUCAGCUGUUGAUCCUUUAGAUCAUCGUUCAAGGUAUAAAUCUAAAUAUCUAAUAGACUCGAGAUCAUUCAAGUUCUGGUUCGGUUCAGUCUCUCUAGAUUAAUAUAGUAAUAGUUUGUAGCAAACUGGAAAAGCUGCACAGUUGGAGCUCACAGCAGAAACCUGCACUUCAUCACCUCACACACGUCAACAUUGGAAAAACUAAAGUUACAUUUUGUUCAGAUAAAAGUUUUUUUUUUUUCUACUUUGUCCUUGGAGUAAUUGGAAAUUACUUGUAUCAUGGCUACUUGUGAACAAAAUAAAAACAAUAAUAAAGUAUUAACCCUUU